UCCAGAUUGCCAGCCCGGGCAUUGUGCGCCCUCGCUUCGCUUCGCUCCGCCGAGAUGCCGCGCUUGCUACUUGCGCUGCUCCUGCGCGCGAUCCUGAGCCCCACCGAUGGAUCGCGCCCGGCGGCGGAGCAGCUCCGCCCGGCCGACGAGCUGCUCGCGGCCGGGAUCGAGGCGUACAACCGUGGGGAUUGGCCCGGGGUCAUCCUGCAGAUGGAGCGGGCGCUGCGGGCGCGGGCUGCGCACCGGGAGCGCCUGGUCAGCUGCCGCUCGGCCUGCGCGGCCAACCACACGGCCGAGGAUCCCGCGCAGGACCCGCGCUACCUGCGCUUCUUCCAGCAGCUGCUGCGCCGCGCCGCCUGCCUGCGCCGCUGCCUGCCGGACGGCCCGUCCCGCUACCAGCUGGGCGAAGAAGCGGAGCUGGAGUUCCGCAAGCGCAGCCCUUACAACUACCUGCAAGUGGCCUAUUUCAAGCUCAACAAGCUGAACAAGGCCGUGGCAGCUGCCCAAACUUUCUUCUCGGCCAAUCCAGACCACGCCGAGAUGCGACAGAACCUGGCUUAUUACCAGAUGAUGGUUGGGGUGAAAGAUUCGGAUUUUGUCGAUUUGGAAGCGAAGGCCCACAUGCAAGAUUUCCACCUGGGUGUGAGUUACUACACGGAGGAGAACCCCCAGGCAGCCAUUUUGCACCUGGAAAAGGCGCUGGAUGAGUAUUGGGUAGCUGACACCGAGUGCCGGGCCCUCUGCGAAGAGCCGUACAACUACGACGGUUACAACUACCUCGAUUACAACGCUGAUUUCUAUCAAGCCUUUAUCGAUCAUUACACCCAAGUGCUGAGCUGCAAGCAAGGAUGCGUGACGGAGUUGGCGCAGGAAGCGGGGCAGGAGAAACCCAUCGAAGACUUCCUCCCGUCCCAUUUCAACUACCUGCAGUUCGCCUAUUACAACAGCGGCCACUAUGGGAAGGCGGUCGAAUGCGCGAAAACCUACCUCCUCUUCUUCCCGACCGACAAUGUGAUGAAGCAGAAUGUGGCCUAUUAUGCAGCCAUGUUAGGGGAGAACCUGGCCGAGCACAUCGGGCCCAGAGAGAAAGUCCAGAUGUAUUACCGGCAGAGUCUUUUAGAGAAGGAAUUGCUUUAUUUCGCCUAUGACGCCUUCGGCAUUCCUUUUAUCGAUCCGGACACGUGGACCCCGGAAGAAGUGAUUCCCAAGAGGCUUCAGGAAAAACAAAAGGUUGAACGUGAAACAGCGGCCCGGAUCUCAGAGGAGAUCGGUAAUCUCAUGAAGGAGAUCGAGAAUCUGGUGGAGGAGAAGACGAAGGAAUCGUCCGACAUGAAUAAAUUCGUACGGGAAGGGGGCCCGUUGGGCUACGAUGGGCUCAAGGUUACCAUGAACUCCAAGACGCUGAACGGCUCCCAGCGCGUGGUGGUGGACGGGGUCCUCUCCGAAGACGAAUGCCGGACGUUGCAAACACUGACAAAUGUAGCGGCUUCCGCUGGGGAUGGUUAUAGGGGACAAACUUCUCCCCACACGCCCAGUGAGACCUUUUAUGGGGUGACGGUCCUGAAAGCCCUCAAGCUGGGGCAGGAAGGCAGAGUCCCCAUGCCGAGCGCCUACCUGUACUACAACGCCACGGAGAAAGUCCGUCACGUGAUGGAGUCUUAUUUCCGCCUCGACGUCCCUCUGCAUUUCUCUUAUUCUCACCUGGUGUGCCGGACGGCCAUCGCAGAUAAACAAGAGGAUCGAAUGGAUCCCAGCCAUCCCGUGCAUGUCGACAAUUGCAACCUCAACGCCGAGGCCAUGGUGUGCGUCAAGGAGCCCCCUGCAUACACCUUCCGGGACUACAGCGCCAUCCUUUACUUAAACGGAGAUUUUGAAGGAGGGGAAUUUUAUUUCACCGAGUUGGAUGCCACAACGGUCACCGCAGAGGUGAAGCCGCAAUGCGGCCGGGCGGUGGGCUUCUCGGCCGGAUCGGAAAACCCCCACGGCGUGAAAGCCGUCACGAAGGGCCAGCGGUGCGCCAUUGCCUUGUGGUUUACUCUGGAUCCCCGCCAUAGCGAACGAGAGAGAAUCCAAGCCGAUGACCUGGUUCGCAUGCUCUUCAAAACUGAAGAGACCCAGUGGCUCCCCGAAAUGGGACCGAACCCCAAAGAAGCCGAAACGCCCCCCGAAGACGCUCUCGUAAAGAAAGAUGAACUCUAGAAUCCACAUCUGGCUCAAA